AUGACCAUCACGCCCAUCACCGACAGCGCGAGCCUCCUCGCUCCCUUCGAGGGACGAUGGAGCACCAACGCCCUCAUCGACGAUGUCAUCGAGUCGUUGCGCGAUCAGGUGUGCGUCUCGUACAUCAAGUCGACCGAUCCAUUCGAAUGGCAGCACAUCACGGGUGCUGACCUCGACCGAUGUAUUCGCGCCGCCACUGCCUACUACGCCGAUCGCAUUGGAGUCAGGAAUAAAGACCAGACCUGCAGACAAGUCAGCCUCCUGUCCGACUCGAGCUUCGAUCUCCUGGUAGCCCAAAUCGCUCUGAUGCGUCUUGGAUACGGCGUCGUCCUCAUCUCGCCCAACAACUCGGUUCCUGCGAUUGUCCACCUUCUCAAGGCAACAAGCUCGGUGGCUCUGAUUCGCAGCCCAGAGAAGAAAAGUGAAGCAGAGCAGGCUCGAGAUCUGCUGAUGCAAGAGCAAGACGCGGAGCUCAAGCUAGCCGAGCUCUGCCCGAUCGAAAGAGCCAUCGCACACGAUCAGCUGCCGCCCUCCACCACCAAGAAGGAUCCGUAUCGAUCGGAUGUACCUUACGAGCAGCAGGCAAAUGAACCAGCCGUCACCCUGCACUCGAGUGGCAGCACCGGCUUUCCCAAACCAUACACUUACACACACGAGGUAUAUGUCGUCAUUAUUGCCGACUACAUGCCGUACGAUGCGCUCUGCACCGCACCCGUCUAUCACGGCUUCGGCUGUGCUGUCGCCUGGAGACAGCUCAUCCACCACCGUCGCCUCUAUCUCUACACUGGCACCAUGCGCCACGAUCUCGUCAGCAGAGCGGUUCGAGACAGUACCAUCGACAUCAUCUACGCCGUCCCUUUCACCUUCAAGAUUCUCAGCGAGGACAAGGACAGCCUCGCCACGCUCUGCAGCAUGAAGAUCUGCUGCUACAGCGGCGCACCGUGUCCCAUCGAGGUUGGCGACAUGCUCGUAGCCAAUGGCGUCAACUUGGUUGCCUUCCUCGGCGCCACUGAGGUCGGUCAGAUCAUGGACAGUAUUCGCGAUUUUGACACCGACAAAGGCUGGAACGUGAUGCGGCCCAGUAAGCGUGUGGACCCCUACCUCAAGUUCGAGAACGUUGGCACGACCGAGGAAGGCCCGUACGAAAUGGUCUGCAUCAAAGGCUGGAAGGGUCUUUCCAAGGUGAAUCGCCCCGACGGCAGCUAUGCCAGUGGCGACCAUUAUCGCAUUAUUCGAAAUGACGACGGAAGCCUUCGCGGAUACGUCUAUCUGGGCCGAGGCGACGACACCAUCGUCCAUCUCAACGGCGAGAAGACCAAUCCGGUGCCGAUGGAGCAGAGCAUCAAGUCUUCCCCUCUACUGCGUGACUGCCUCGUCUUUGGCUCUGGGCAGCCAUGCACCGGUGCUCUCAUCAUUCCGUACGAGCAUGCCUGGGAACCACACGCAUCUUCGUCUCACGCUGAGAGACAGUUGGCGCUCAAGAAGCAGAUCGAGCCCUUGCUCCGUGAAGUCAACUCGCAGUGCCCCUCGCACUCGCGCCUCGUCCCGGAGAUGAUCCUGUUCCUCCGUCCGCAGGACCGCUUCCCAACGGCCGACAAAGGCAGCGUCAAGCGUUCACCUGCCAACUCGAUGUUUGCCGAGAACAUCACCCAGUUGUACACCGAAUUCGACCUCGGAACAUCGACCCCUGAACAAGACAAGACGCUCAUCGAAUCGCAAGCCCAGCUCAAGCCGUUGCUGAAAAGCAUCCUCGAACGCUUCAUCGAGCUCACUCUGGACGGAAAGGAGGAUGUCGAUCUGACCACGCUUGGCGUCGACUCGGUCAUGGAUAGUCAGAUUCGCAGUCUCAUCCAUCGCUCGAUUCGCAUGCAAAGCCCGCUCUCCAACACGGUGGUGUUCCAGCAUCCGACGUUGAACAAGCUGACAUUGGCAGUCUACGAACACAUCCAGGGCAGCAGUGCAAAUGGUACCGUCAACGGAGCCGUCAAGAAGCAACAAGAGGCCGCAACUCGUCAGAUGCUUGCGGACUUGCGCUCCGAGCUGAAGCCUCGCGAUCAAAGCUUAUCCGAUCGAGCGGCGCAAGGUGAGAAGGAGAUCAUCGUGUUGACGGGAGCGACUGGAUCUCUCGGCGCCCACAUCCUCGAUCAGCUGCGUCGAAAAGCGACGGUUGCCAAAGUGUUCUGCCUCAACCGCGCUGCUGACCACGCUGACGCAGCCAAGCGAACAGACGAGUCGCUCGAGGCACGAGGGCUGCCACCGCUCAAAGACGGCCAAGGUGCGCAGAUUGUGUCACUGGCCGCCGACAUCAGCAAGCCUGAUCUCGGCUUGUCGGAGUCCGAGUUCGACGAGAUCGCAGGCACGGUCACCUGCGUAGUCCACAACGGAUGGCCGGUCAACUUCAACUUGUCCGUCGAGUCCUUCCAGGCUGUUCUCGAGGGCUCGGUGCAGCUGAUGAACCUGGCAGGACAGAGCACCGGCACCCGCUCGCCCCGCUUCCUAUUCUCGUCCUCCAUCUCGGUUGCCUUCAACACUGCUGAGCCGCUCAUCCCCGAAACCAUCCUGGACCAUCUGGACCACACGCACGAGCUCGGAUACGCACACUCCAAGUGGAUCGUCGAGAACCUGUGCCGAGAUGCUGGAACCUUGAUUGGUGGUGGGUUCGAGUCGGUGGUCAUGCGCAUUGGUCAAAUGGUGGGCGACAGAUCAAAGGGAAUUUGGAACGAGACCGAGGCUCCGCCCUUGAUCAUCAAGAGCGCGCAGACCGUCGGAUGCCUACCCGGACAGCUCGAUGAUCUGUACUGGCUUCCUGUGGAUGUUGCCGGUCUCAUCGCGGCCCAGCUCACCAACGCAAGCAUCUCGAGAGACUGCGAGCUGGUUCACGUGGUCAGCGAUGCGGCCAUGCCGUGGAAUCUGGCGCUCAAGACCCUCGCCGAGCCGCAGAACCUAGGUGACUCGUUCGAGGUGGUCCCGUACGCCGAGUGGCUGGAGCGACUGGAGAAGUCGGAUCGAAAUGUCACGCGCAAUCCGGCGGUCAAGUUGCUCGAACACUACCGCAGCCUGUACAAGGAGAUGCAGCGCAGGAAGAGCGCUCCGGCCAACUUCGAAACGACUAAGCUGAAGGCGGUCUUGGCUUCAUCUCCGGAGAGCGAACGGGUCGUCGACGGGCUUGCGGCGUACAAGCCUGAGUACCUCACUACCACCGUGGCUGCUUGGAAGCGAUCUGGUUUCCUCAAAUAA